AUGACGACUCAGCGGGUCGAGGGCGAGGUCCAAGGCGAUGAAGAGUCUAUGCGGAACUUCCUGCAACAGAUUAACAAGGGACCGCGAACGGCGCAUGUGGCCAAAAUAGAAAAGAAGGAGUUGGAGCCCCAUGAGCACGAUGACUCUUUUGUGGUGUUGAGGACUGCCGAAUCUAUGUUCCAUUCUGGGUCUUGA